AUUUUGCAUAAUGAGGUCAAAUUCACAUUGCUUACGGCAUUCGCAGAGAAAGGAAUACGUAAAGCAUUUAAACAGGUAAAUUUACGAGUAUUUCGUCUUAUCCGUGGCAAAAUUUUAUUUUACUUUUUUUUUAAAUAAGUGUAGAAUGCAGAGAAUCAUAAUUUUAUAAGUAAAAACGAUUUUUAGUGUGGAUUUAAGCGUUUCAAAAAUAUCUUCUCGAGACAGACGUCGUCCGCCAUUUUGAAUUUGAAGCGGCGACGUUUUUACACAAUACGUAGGCCUAGUAGUGUUUGUUUUCAAGAAUUAUAACAUAAACAUUUAAAAAUUAUUAUUAUUUAGAUGGAAUAUGUUCACUUGAUUUCUAAUUCAAUUUCAUAUUCAAGAAAAUUCACUUGAUUUUUUGUUGCGUAAUUGCGAAUGUUUCAUAAUGUUAUGAAUUACUCAAUGCUAUUUUUUUUUUACUCAACUUUAAAUAGCUUUCACCUGUUAAAUAUAUUGAAUUUUAUUUCAGUAAUGGCUCGUACCAAGCAAACUGCUCGAAAAUCCACUGGAGGUAAAGCUCCACGUAAACAGCUGGCUACAAAAGCAGCCCGUAAAUCGGCUCCAUCAACUGGAGGAGUUAAGAAACCCCAUCGUUACCGACCGGGAACAGUAGCUUUGAGAGAAAUCCGUCGUUAUCAAAAGUCGACUGAAUUGCUCAUCCGUAAACUUCCGUUCCAGCGUCUCGUAAGAGAAAUCGCCCAGGAUUUCAAAACGGAUUUGAGAUUUCAGAGCGCAGCUAUAGGCGCCUUACAGGAAGCUUCUGAGGCAUAUUUGGUCGGUUUAUUCGAAGACACCAACUUGUGCGCCAUUCACGCCAAGAGAGUAACGAUCAUGCCGAAAGACAUUCAAUUGGCGCGAAGAAUCCGUGGAGAACGCGCUUAA